AUGGAAAACGCAGCGGACUUGAAUCGGCUUCUCGGGCGAAAGCUAAGCUCUUUGUUUUCGAAGGUGGUGUUGCUGCGUCACGGCGUGGUGCUGAUGGAGGGGGGCGUCGACUACACCGAGAAAUAUAUAAAUUAUAUACCGAAGCAGCUGCUGCAGCUAUCUGAGUCUGUUAUAUUCAAACUGCAGCAGCAGCGGGAUCUCGGUGUGCUGCAGCUGCUGCAGCUGUCUUCUCCCUUUGCUGCUCCCGCAUGCAGCAGCAACACAGAUAGACUAACCAACGCAGAAGAAAUCAAUCAUUUACACACACACAAACACCAGCACCAGCAGCAGCAGCAGCAGCAGCAGUUGCAGCUGGAGCAGAUGGAGCAGCAGCAGCAGCAGCAGCAGCAGCAGCAGCAGCAAGUGCUGCAACUGCUGCCAUUGCAAAUAGCCGGAGGAGAAAGCAUUUCUCAAGCGGCAACAGCAACAGCAGCAGCAGCAGCAGCAACAGCAGCAGCAGCAACAGCAACAGCUGCAGCAGCAGCAGCAGCAACAACAACAGCAAAAGAAAAUGCAGCAGCAACACCUAUGAACACUGUCUGCUGA